AUGAAGCUAAGCUUCGAUGUUCGGCUCUGUGUGCGUCCGUCGUCCGUGUUUUCAACGAUUGUUGAAAUGGUUCAGUGGGUUACACUGAUUGUUAAUCUGACGUGCGCUCUCCACCUUCGGUACGCGGAAUGUAAAUUCGUUGAUUAA